AAGUCACAUGACCGAGUCUUCGUGGAGCUUUACUUCCUGUUUCCUCUGAUGAACGUACUGCGCGAGGAAAAUGUGAAUUUAUUCAUUUUCCAGAGACUUCUUAACACCUUAGCACAGUCCCUGACCUUCCUUAUUGUUAAAGAAUCGAACUGGACUGGAGCUAAAGUUCUUUAACCAGCGAGGAGAUGAGCACCGAGCAGCGGGAGCGCGAAGCUAGCUGAGCGGACGCAACACCAGCAUUAGCCGCCCUGAUUGGAUCAGAAACAAAAGCAUAUUUUUUUACUUUGUAGACUACGUUGGGUUUUUUUUUUCCCUGUUAGAUAUAACUGGUGCUCUCCUGACGUGAGCUGCCACUACCAUGUCACAGUACACAAGCUUUCCAGAACCGAUGGAGGACCAGAACCCGUUCCAGGACCCUGCUGUAGCCCAGCACAGCAGCAACACAGGCUUUGCCACACUGGACCUUUACAACCCCUUUGACAAACCAGCUGGGCCUCCCCCACCAUAUGAAGCCACCUCACCUCCACCUGCGCCUGCGCAAACACCGCCCAGCAGAACAACACCCACCGAACCUCGAAACUACGGCUCUUAUAACUCUCAGCCCGCAGUGAACGCAACUACAGCCGAGCUCCUGAGGAAGCAGGAGGAGCUGGAGAGGAAAGCCCAGGAGCUGGAGAGGAGGGAGCGAGAGCUGCAGUCUCACAGCCUCGGACCUGGAGCCACUCGUCAGAACAACUGGCCCCCGCUGCCUUCUUUCUGUCCUGUGGGGCCCUGCUUCUACCAAGACAUCAAUGUGGAGAUCAGCCAACGCUUCCAGCGCAUCGUGUCCAUCAUGUAUUACUUCUGGCUGUUCUGCACCUUCACGCUUUGCUUCAACCUGAUCUCCUUAAUGGCCUACUUCUGUAAGGACACCACCAACGGUUCUGGCUUUGGCCUCGCCAUCCUCUGGGCCAUCCUCUUCACCCCCUGUUCCUUCGUCUGUUGGUAUCGACCCGUUUACAAAGCCUUCAGGAGUGACAGCUCCUUCAACUUCUUCUUCUUCUUUUUCGUUUUCUUUGCCCAAGUGGGCCUCUUUGUCUUCAUGACCAUUGGCAUCCCGGGGUCAGGAUUCAGUGGUUGGAUAGUAAGCCUGGCUGCUUUGAGUAAAAGUACGGCUGUUGGAGCAAUAAUGAUUAUAAACGCCAUCUGCUUUAGUGCCCAAACCGCCAUGGGGGUUGUCCUCAUGAAAAAGAUCCACAGCCUGUACAGGCAAACCGAUGCCAGCUUCCAGAAGGCUCAGGCUGAGUUCGCCACCGGAGUCAUGUCCAAUCAGGCCGUACGCCAAGCAGCUGCCUCUGCUGCCCAGGGGGCCUUCACCGCACCUCGAUAGAGAUGGACCCACUGGCCGCGGAGGGACGAGGAUGCUGCUUUCAGCCUGACGGAGAAUCAUUUUUAAAAGGAGCCAAGUCUAUUUAAUAACCCUCGGGGCACUUUGCAAUCAUACGUGACAAACUGCCAAACAGAAAUAACCAAAUUGUAAAGACUGAUUGUAAAACCCUCUGAGGUGGUGUAGUCCUAAAAAAAAGAGUCAGUGAAUUCAGGAUAAUGCUACUAUUUUGGGCAGGACUUGCUCGUGUAUACACUUGUUAAAAAAAGAAUUGGGACCUGUGUUUUUCUGAAAGUUAAAAAAUAUGCGAUCCUUAGUUGAUGGGUCUUUAAGAUGGCUUUUUUUUUUUGCUUGUGUGUGAACUAACAAGUAAUUUUAUUAAUAAAAUUAAGGACUUAACUGCAUUGCCAAAAAAUUUAACAUUGUAAAAAAUAUGAAUUAUUUGAAGUAUCGAUUGUUUUGUUCGGUGUGUAUUGUAAUAGUUAGCAUUACAACUUUUUUUGUAUUACAAAACUGUCAUGCUUUCACAGUUUGCUGCUGUUAUUGAUUUAUCUCAAUGUCAAAAUAAACAUUUUAGAAUUAUUUCGUA